UAACAAACACAUGGUGACGGCGAGCUGGUAAGAUAACUUAGAUUUAAAACUUGGAUUGAGUUGCUUCUGCGUAGAUCAGUUUUCACCGUGUUACCUAUACAACCGUUAUGAGGCGUCUGGAAUUGCUAGUGGUGGUAGGGGUGUUUUUGUUUAUUUUCUCUGCGUUGUAUAUCAAUCUGAACAUAGAUGUAACGAAAAAACACGAUUUGAAAUACCGGAAGAAACAUUUCAAAGAUGUGUUCUUUCAUAAAGAAGUGACGCCGCAACUGGAACCGGAACUCGCGAAGGAUUGGUUAGAAAAUGACGCGGAACCACCAAUAUCCUGGAGACGCAAGGGAAAAAAACGGAAGCGAAGACCUAGACGUUUUCACGGGAGACUUGAUGAGACUGAAGAUACAGAAGAUCAAAUAAAGCGACGAAUGCGACGCAAGAAGGAUCAUAGGCCGGGUCAAAAACACAAGAAAAAACGGAAGCGAAGAACUAGACGUUUUCAUAGGAGACUUGGCGAAACUGACGAUACAGCAGAAACACUGGAGCGACGAAUAAGACACAGGAAGGAUCAUAGGCCUAUUCGAAAACAUCACAAUAAGAAAAAACGAAAAAGCCAUCAUGGACAGAAAAGAAAAUUGAAACGUAAGGCCCGUAAGAGAAAGCUGAAAAGGAAUCACAAAAGAAUUCACAAUAUCCAGCACCAGGACCACCAAAAAGCUGACAUGGGUUUAGAGUUGGCGUCAAAAUAUAUGGAAAACCAUCACAUUAUGAAUCAAAGGAAGGUGGGAAAUCACUCGAUCGAUCAUCAGAUGCUGUUAGUUCCAGAGUUGGGGUCAAAGGAUAUCGAAAACCAUCACAUUAUGAAUCAAAGGAAGGUUGGAAAUCACUCGAACGAUCAUCAGAUGCUGUUAGUUCCUGAUGAAGCUAAGGAAGAACUACAUCUUGAGCCUAAGCACCCCCGCUGGUUCAGAGGCCAGAAUCGCCUUUAUAACAGACACAGCUUUAGACGUAAAAUGACCAAAACAGAGAUUUUGCUGGUCAUGCAGACGGUUAAAAAGUUCGAAGAGUUGAUGAGGAAACAUGGGAUAAUAUAUUUCAUGUCUGUUCGAACUCUACUUGGUUCCUAUCGACACCAUGGUUUUAUACCGUGGGAUGAAAAUAUUGACUUUGUCUUACCCCGGAAAAAUCAGGAACAAGUUUUCAUCAUCUUGAAAUUGAUUGAACCGGAAUAUAGCCUUUAUCGUGAAAAGAAUGGGUUGUGGAAAUUGUACUUUUGGCAGUCAAGGUCGUUUGGUAAGGAAUGGAAAUGGCCUUAUGUCGGAUUAUGGUUUUAUGAUUCCAACAAUACCCAUAUUUGGAAUAUAGAGCCGUAUGCAAAGAUAAAUCAAGUGUAUCCAAUGAUUGAUAUCUUCCCACUCAAAACGAGGCCGUUCCUGGGUAUGUCACUUCCGGCUCCCAACCAAGACAGCAAACUAGUUCAGAAAUCCUUUGAUCUGUCCAAAUGUAGCUCUCCAGGCUACGAUUAUAAGCGCGGUGUUCCCGUAGAGAGCACAACAAUAGACUGUGAUGCAUUACAAAAUAAAUUCCCAUUUGUAAAGAGACAUGAUUUUGGUCACGGCAACGUCAAUGAAACGUUAAUGUUCAAUGGACAGGUUAUUGGCUGGUUUGUUAUUAAAUGAAAAAAUUGUUGUAUUUA